AUGCUUGAUGUCCGUGCUGGUCAGUCCAUUCAUUCCUACCUUAUAAUGAGUCACAUGGACAUGGAUGUUGCAUUGGGAACAGCUUUGUUUGACAUGUAUGCUAAAUGUGGAAAAAUUAAUGAGGCCGUUGUCGUUUUCAAUUCAAUGGAUGGCAAGAAUUUGCAGUCCUUCACUGUCAUGAUGUCCGUUCUUGCUGAUCAUGGGAGACAUAAAGAUGUUAUCUCUUUGUUUAACCAUAUGGAGGAUAUGGGACUGCAACCAGAUAGUUUGGCUUUUGCUGUGAUUCUCUCGGCCUGCAGCCACGCUGGACUCGUUUGUGAGGGAAGAAGGUAUUUUGAUCGGAUGGUGAGAAUGUAUGGCAUAAAACCGAGUGUUGAACACUAUGGAUGCAUGGUUGACUUGCUAGGAAGAUCUGGCUUGAUUGAAGAGGCAUAUGAUAUUAUCAAGGGCAUGCCUAUGGAGCCGAAUGGUGUUAUAUUGAGAAGUUUUCUGGCGGCUUGCAGGAAUCACGGGUGGAUUCCUAGUUUGGAUACUGAUCUUCUGUCUAAACUGGAGUCCGAAUUGGGAGCUAACUAUGUGCUCACUGCAAAUGUUUUUUCUACAUUUGCUUCCUGGAAGGAUGCCAAUAACAUUAGGUUAGCCAUGAAACAGAAAGGGUUGGAGAAAAUUCCUGGUUGUAGUUGGGUAGAGGUGUAA